UUCGUGUUCUGGGAGAUUUGCCUCAUUAACUCGUUUUGAUUGCUGACAACUAUUAACGAAAAACUUCAACAGUGUUACACAAGAUAAUUUAUUCGUAUUCUAGACCAAAUCUCUUUGUCAAAGAUCUCCUCCCUUCAUAACCUGAGCCGAGGGAUUGCCCCUUACAUAUCCCCUGUCCCUGUCUCCCCAUGACCCAUCACCUCUUUGUCUGCAUAACAGCAGAGACUCUUCCAUCCAAGUCGAUGUCAAUGCUCUGAUAUAUCCUGCUUUAAACAGGCAGACUCAAAUAUCCUACGACGAAUAUGACGGCCUCCUCUGAUCAACCGCAAACUAACGCUGACGCCAGUGUUGGGACAAAUAACCACAGCAAACAAAGCGACAUUUGGAAGCAUGCCCCUGUGCUCAUUGGCACAACCAAAUUUGAGCCUCGCUCCGAUGUUAAAAACAUCAUGAUUACAGGUGGCGCUGGCUUCAUCGCUUGCUGGGUCGUCCGCCAUCUCACUUUGACAUACCCACAUGCCUAUAACAUUGUCUCAUUUGAUAAGCUAGACUACUGCGCUGCUCUCAAUAACACAGGCGUUCUAAGUGAAUCUUCCAACUUUACCUUCUAUCAUGGCGACAUCACCAAUCCAGCCGAGGUGGUUGACUGUAUGGAGCGAUACAAUAUUGAUACAGUUCUACACUUUGCCGCCCAGUCACAUGUGGACCUGAGCUUUGGCAACUCUUAUGGCUUCACACACACAAACGUUUACGGAACUCAUGUUCUCCUUGAAAGUGCCAAGAAGGUUGGCAUUGGCCGCUUCAUUCAUGUAUCGACUGAUGAAGUGUACGGUGAAGUUAAAGAAGACGACGACGACCUUCUUGAGACGAGCAUAUUGGCUCCCACAAAUCCAUAUGCUGCCAGCAAAGCGGCAGCUGAGAUGUUAGUGCAGUCUUACCAGAAGAGUUUCAAAUUACCUGCCAUCAUUGUGCGGAGCAACAACGUCUACGGUCCUCAUCAAUACCCGGAGAAAAUUAUUCCCAAGUUUACAUGUCUUCUUAACCGUCAGCGGCCACUGGUUCUGCACGGAGACGGCACGCCUACCCGGCGAUAUCUCUACGCUGGCGACGCAGCUGAUGCGUUUGACACGAUUCUCCACAAAGGUCAGAUUGGCCAGAUUUACAACGUCGGUUCACAGGAUGAAGUAUCCAAUCUAGAGCUCUGCGGGAUGCUGCUCGACCGAAUGAGGAUUCCACACGAUGCCCCAGAGCAGCUCCGCAAGUGGAUCAAGUACACUCGGGACAGACCCUUCAAUGACCGCCGAUAUGCAGUCGACGGUACCAAACUAAAGAGGCUUGGUUGGGAGCAGAAAGUGUCAAUUGACGAGGGCCUCAAGAUCACAGUCGAUUGGUUCACGCGGUUCGGAGAGACGUGGUGGGGAGAUAUCAGCCAUGUUCUCACGCCGUUUCCUACGGUGAGUGAUGGAGAGAUGGUUCCGGAUGACGCACGAUCAAUGCGUGAUGAACCCCUUGAGUCUCAAGAUAUACGACAGGGCAAGCUGCCGGAACAGCACAAAAAGGAUGAUAUGAGUGGUUGUCGAGAAGUACAACAGAACGGUGAGGAUACAAGUGGGCUACAUCAAAACAACGGCAGUGGUUAUCAAAUUACCGCUUAACGACCGCCAUUUUUUCUCGGGGUUUCUUUAAAUGCAUUUUGACAAUAGAACAGACAGAAGAUGAAAGACAUAGAUACCACUUAUAACGGGGCUGAUAGACGAAGUCCGGAAGCUGGAGCAGCAAGUUAAACCACCUGAAAGGAUCUUAAAUAUAUGCCUAAUUUAUCGGGAUACCUGUUUGUGCGCAUGCCGGAUGGGUUAGAGCACGUAGCAAUUAAAUUGAUGAUG